AUGAACGGUAGGUAUCAGUUUCCUUUUUCUACGAAUUUUGUUGGUUCUAUUUUUGGCACAAGUGUAAGCAUCAUUUCAGCAUAUUCUUUGGACGGACUAGUCGUUGUAGCUCUUCUUAUCAUCUGCUCUUGUGCUUACUUGAAGAGAGUUCCCCGAAUCCAUAGCUGGCUUCUUUCUGAGAAGAAAGGCUUCCUUGGAGUGUUUUACAAGACUACUUUGCCAAAAGGCGUGAAGCAGAAGAUGAAGAAACCAAAACCAAAUGGUCCCAAGCGCGGCCAUAAUCUGUAUAUUGCCCCUAAGAAACAAAAUCUUCUGCAGCAGGAUAAAGUAGCUGCAGAAGUGACAAGAGUAAUUAACGAGAAGAAUGAAGAGAUGGUGAAAGGUCGCGCCGACACGGCUGUUGGUCGCAAUAAAACUGAAUGA